CGGAAAACCAGGGAGUUAACCGCAAAUUUUCUAAAUUAAAGAAAAGAGUGUGGAACUCUAACGCUGUGACUAUUUUCAUCAUCUUCUUCUCCGCAAACCCUAGAGUUCUCCGAGAUUUCCUCUUCAGCUUUGAGCAAUCAGAUCGCUUGUAAGAAGGAUGAGCACAUUAGAUGCAACAAGAGCAGAACUUGCUUUGCUAGUCUUAUAUCUGAAUAAAGCUGAAGCCAGAGAUAAGAUUUGCAGGGCUAUUCAGUAUGGCUCCAAAUUCUUGAGCAACGGACAGCCUGGCACCGCACAAAAUGUUGACAAGUCAACUAGCCUUGCGCGGAAAGUUUUCCGACUUUUCAAGUUUGUCAAUGACUUGCACGCUCUCAUCGCUCCACCUUCCAAAGAGACUCCUCUUCCUCUCAUUUUACUAGGAAAGUCCAAGAAUGCGUUGUUGUCGACAUUUUUAUUCCUGGAUCAAAUUGUAUGGCUUGGGAGAACAGGAGUGUACAAGAACAAAGAACGUGCAGAGCUGAUUGGCAGGAUCUCUCUCUUUUGUUGGAUGGGCUCCUCCGCUUGCACUACUGUGAUUGAGUUAUCGGAGCUUGUAAGAAUAUCCAAGUCAAUCGAAAAGCUCGAGAAGGAGCUCAAGCUAUCAGAUAAAUAUAAAGAUGAGGUAUACCGUAACAAGGUCAAACAGUCAAAUGAGAGGCUGCUGGCUCUUGUGAAGGCUUCCAUGGACCUAGUGGUUGCAAUUGGGUUGCUUCAGCUGGCACCGAAGAAAAUCACUCCUCGUGUCACUGGAGGGUUUGGUUUCCUAAGCUCCCUCAUAUCUUGUUACCAGUUGCUUCCUUCUUCAGCCAAGUCUAAGACUACAUGAAAUGUGUGGCCUCUCUUUAUAGGAACUCCUGAAUGAUCAAUAAUAAUUGCAGAUUCAUAAGGAUGUAUCUUAUAAACAAGACAAAAGUCUUCACUUUAUUUUCAGAAAUAAACUAUGGCAAACAUUUAGUCAGUUUGGAGUGCUAAUAGUAAUAUUUAGUGGCAGACUUUAACGAGUUUUUACAGGGUGUAUAUUCAGACAUUUCUUUAGUACAUGGCAAAAUGCUGUGUGGCAUUGCUGUUGCCUUGUUUAUUUUGCUUUGGUUGUAAUGCUUAUUGCUUAAUGGUUGAGUCAUUGCCGUACAUCUGAAUGUAAGGUAAUUGUAUAAUGUUUCUUUAUAGGGCAAAUAGGGAAAAA